AUGUCCCCAGUCGCCUGUACUUCAGCAAGAAUUCCAACACCAAUCUCCUCCGAGACAAAUUUGAAAAAAAUGAAAACUGACUCCAAAUGCAUCACCGAUUACCCAUUGACAACUUACCCAGAAGACUCUUCUCCAAUUGCUUUAAAAUGGGGUGCUUCUACAUCUGAAGAAAGAGGACCUGUCGCUUGUUCCUGGAAUGCCGGUGGCUUGCAAAAACACAAUGCUAUUGGCGCACACGCAGGUGGUUAUUGUAUUUAUCACGCUUUGGCCGUUGGAUCGAAUCAAUUGGAUAAAGAUCACAAGGCUGAUUACACCAAUGCUCAACCUGCUUUCAACAUUAAGCAAAACGAGUCAUGGUUUAACGAUAAGGAUGUUGUCUCUAUGGAUCCUUUAGGCCACUUAACUCCAACCUUAUUUAAUGAAGUUUCUGAAAAGGAAGAUAUAGAAAUUAGACCCAGCAUUGCUGUUACUAAGGCCACCUUAAAAUUAGCCGAAUUAAAAGAAGCUGUUGCUGCUGGUAGAUUGGAAGUCGAUGGUAAUAUUGUUACUAACAAAGAUGGUGAUGCCGCUGUUUCUAAAGUUGCUGUCGAACCUGUUUGGUAUUUGCCAGGUGUUGCUGAAAGAUUUGGUAUUACUGAAGAUCAAUUGAGAAAGGCCUUAUUUGAAGAUACCAAUGGUAUGUACCCAGAAUUGGUGACUAGACCUGAUAUUAAAGUUUUUUUACCACCCAUUGGCGGUGCCACUGUUUACAUUUUUGGUGAUACUUCCAAAAUUGGUGACGGUGUUACUCCAUUAGCAUUAAGAGUUCAUGAUGAAUGUAAUGGUUCUGAUGUUUUUGGAUCCGAUAUUUGUACAUGUAGACCAUAUUUAAUCUUUGGUAUUGAGGAAGCAGUUAAAGAAGCCCAAAACGGAGGUGUUGGUAUGGUUGUUUACUUCAGAAAGGAAGGUCGUUCUUUGGGAGAAGUUACCAAAUAUUUGGUCUACAACGCUAGAAAGAGAGGCGGUGAUACAGCAGAUGAAUAUUUCCACAGAACUGAGUGUAUUGCUGGUGUUCGUGAUAUGAGAUUUCAACAGUUGAUGCCUGAUGUUUUAAAAUGGUUAGGUAUUAAGAAAAUUGACAGAAUGUUAUCCAUGUCCAACAUGAAAUAUGAUGCUAUUGUCGAACAAGGUAUUGACAUUAUUGAAAGAGUUCCAAUUCCUGAUGAAAUGAUCCCUGAAGAUUCAAGAGUCGAAAUUGAUGCAAAGAUUAAUUCCGGUUAUUUCACUACCGGUACUGUUAAAGAUGCUGGAGAAUUGAAGACUGUUCACGGUAGAACAUGGAAGGGUUUUGAAUAA